CUUAUUCCCCUGUCAUAGCUCGGUCAGCUAGCAGCUACCUUGCUAGCCAUCCGUCCAGGAAGACGGGUCCAAUUAUUAGCUAGCUAGCUAGCUAGGUUGGUUGCUAUAAAAUCUAUACUGUGCAAAAAAUGGCGACGGGUAGCGUCAACCCGUUUAAUCUUAGCGAUUCUGAGGAGGAGGCUGAGCGGAGACCAGAUGAGGUGGCUGGCACUGAACGCAGCCCGAGCGAUGGAGCCCCUGGACCGCCGUCCACCAACCCCUUUUCCCCGCAAGCAGACGCGGAACCGCCGGUACUAUUGCUGUCUAGCAAUCGAACCAGUCCUAGCGUCGAAGGUGUCUCGGUAACGGCCGCAGCUGCCGCUAUGGCAGGCAGCACGGAAACUCGGGUAUCGGUUGAUGUCAUUGCGGCUCAGUUAUUGCGGGAUCAGUAUAUCCUCACGGCCCUGGAAUUUCAUACUGAACUGCUGGAAGCAGGCAGAGAGCUUCCGAGGUUGAGGGACUAUUUCUCGAAUCCGGGCAACUUCGAGAGGCAGAGCGGAACUCCGCCAGCUUGCAAGGACCAGGUACUUGGCCCUGGUGGCCCUCUGAAUCGUGCAGGCAGCAUCAGCACGCUGGACUCUCUGGACUUCGCUCGGUACUCGGAUGACGGGAACCGGGAGUCGGACGAGCGUGUGGCCGUGCUGGAGUUUGAGCUACGGAAAGCCAAGGAGACCAUACAAGCUCUGCGCGCCAACUUGACUCAGGCAGCAGAAAGUGAAGUUCCCUCGCAGGAGAGGAAAAACUUCAAGUCAAGUCCUGAGAUUCAGGAGCCAAUCCGUCCUCUGGAGAAAAGGGCCUUAAAUUUCCUGGUGAAUGAAUAUCUGUUAAAGAACGAGUACAAGCUGUCGGCCAUCACCUUUUCAGAUGAGAACGAUGACCAGGACUUUGAGUUGUGGGACGAUGUGGGUCUGAACACCCCCAAGCCUCCUGACCUGCUGCAGCUCUACCGCAGCUGUGGCUCUGCCCUGCCGUCGCCCCGGGAUACGAAGGACGUCGCCGUGGGAGACGACGCCGAUGGAAACCUCUUCACCCAGGAGUCUCAGAGACAGCUCCACCUCUCCCAGCAGCAACAGGCGGAGGUUGUGCAGGAGCUGGAGUACCAGAUCAGCCUGCUGAACAGCGACAAGCUGACUCUGACCCAGCACAUCAACAAACUGCAGAGUGAGAUCCAGUCUCUGAAGAGGACCAUCACCUCCCCUCCCCCCACCACCCUGGACCUGGGUUCAAAUCCCAAACCCUUCCCCCUCUCCUCCACCCCCCCGCCCCCCUCCCUUGACAACGGCCAGUACCUGGACAUCCGGGGGGUGUCGGAGCCCGACAACGCCCCCGUCGCCGCGGCAACACUGCCUGACCCCUCCCCAGGCCCCGCCCCCAUACAGUCCCCCCCUCACCCUAAGCUAAAGAGCAAGGUGCCGGUUCAGUUUGACCGGCCCAACAGGAAGCUGUCUCCGGCGUUCCAGCAGGCUCUACUGUCCUUCUGCAGAAUGUCCUCAGACAGUCGCCUGGGAGCAGAGGUGUCUCGUAUAGCUGACAAGGAGGAGAGUGUGGUGCUGAUGCUGGGUCGCUGUCUCCCUCACAUCGUCCCCAACGUCCUGUUAGCCAAGAGAGAGAGAAUGGUUGUGCACCUCUGCCAGGAGUUGAUUCCUCUCAUCCUGUGCACGGCGUGUCUUCAUCCAGAGUCUAAAGAGAGGGACCAGCUGCUCCACAUCCUCUUCAACCUGAUCAAGAGGCCUGACGAUGAACAGAGGCAAAUGAUCCUGACGGGGUGUGUGGCGUUUGCGAGGCACGUGGGUCCGACUCGCGUGGAGGUGGAACUUCUCCCACAGUGUUGGGAACAGAUCAACCAUAAGUAUCCAGAGAGGAGACUGCUGGUAGCAGAGUCGUGUGGGGCCUUAGCACCUUACCUGCCUAAGGAGAUCCGCUCCUCCCUGGUGUUGUCCAUGCUGCAGCAGAUGCUGGCUGAGGACAAGGCUGACAUGGUGAGAGAGGCCGUCGUCAAGAGCCUGGGGAUCAUUAUGGGAUACAUCGACGACCCCGACAAAUACUCCCAGGGUUUCGAGCUGAUGCUGCUGUCGCUAGGCGACCCGUCGGAGCGCGUGGUGAGCUCCACCCAUCAGGUGUUCAUCCCAGCCUUCGCUGCCUGGAGCUCAGAGCUGGGCUGCCUGCAGACCUCCCUCAUCCCCUCACUGCUCACACGCAUCGAGAGGCUGCUGCAGCAGGGGGAGCAUGGUCUUGAUGAGCACAAGCUGCACAUGCUGCUGUCAGCCCUGCAGUCCCUCAUCCCUCCUCUGUUCGCUGUCGUCAUCCAGAACGCCCCCUUCUCCAGCAGGGUCCGGCUACAGGGAGACCUGCCUCACAUAGAGGUGACUCGGUUUCCCCGGCCGGCGUCUCCUCUCCAGGACGUAGCCACCAUCGUGGGCAGCAGAGAGACCCUGGCUGCUCUGCUGCUGCUGUACGACCACCAGCUGGAGCAUGAGGGCACCACCGGCUGGGACACACUGCUCUGGGUGGUCAACCAGCUUCUCCCUCAGCUGAUAGAGAUCGUUGGGGGUAUAAACGUCUCCUCCUCCACCUGCGUUCACGAGUUCUCCAGGUUCUUCUGGAGGCUCUGCCGUACCUUCGGCAAGAUCUUCACCAACACUAAGGUCAAACCACAGUUCCAAGAAAUCCUACGACUCUCAGAGGAGAACGUGGAUGCAUCUGCCGGUAACGGGAUUCUAACCAAGGCUACCGUUCCUAUCUACGCCACCGGAGUACUGACAUGCUACAAUCAGGACGAAGACCGUAAGCUGCUGGUUGGGUUUUUGGAGGACGUCAUGACAACUCUGUCGCUAUCUCACGCACCCCUGGACAGCCUCAAGGCCUCGUUUGUAGAACUGGGGGCUAACCCAGUGUAUCACGAGCUGCUUCUGACCGUGCUGUGGUACGGGGUGGUGCACACCUCCGCUCUGGUCCGCUGCACCGCUGCACGCAUGUUCGAGUUGAUUCUGCGGGGCAUGAGUGAGGCCUUAGUAGACCGCCGGGCUGCCCCGGCCCUUAUUACACUGUCCAGUGGGCCUGAAUUCUCAGUCAGGAUAUCCACCAUCCCUGCUUUCGGCACCAUCAUGGAGACUGUCACACAGAAGGAGCUCCUGGAGCGUGUGAAGAUGCAGCUGGCCUCGUUCCUGGAGGACCCUCAGUACCAGGACCAGCACUCCCUCCACAUAGAGAUCAUCAGGACCUUCAGGCGUGUGGGGCCCAACACAGAGCCUCGCUUCAGAGACGAGUUCGUCCUCCCCCACCUCCACAAGCUGGCACUAGGCAACAACAGCCAGGCCAACGAGAACAAGAGGAUGGAUAUCUCCAUGCAGCUGUUCGAGGCGUACAGCGCCCUCUCCUGCUGCUUCAUCUCUGAGGAGCUGAUGCUCAGUCACUUCCUGCCUGGGCUGAGGUGUCUGAGAGUAGACAUGGAGCAGCUCUCUCCUGAACACGAGGUGAUCCUGAGCUCCAUGAUCAAGGAGGGGGAGAUCAAGGUGGAGAGCAGAGCCAUCGGAGAAGCCCAAGGGGGCGUGUCCAUCGCGGCGAGCAUCGUCGGCGAGGACGCCAAGACCAAGUUCCUGAGCAAGAUGGGUCAGCUGACUACGUCCAGCGCCAUGCUGGCCAACGUCUUCCAGAGGAAAAAGUGACCCCAUCCCCCUCGCCCCCACCCCAUCUCACACCUAUCCCAUGAGCCUCUGCUCUCGGUGCAGAGCACGCAAGACUCGGGUGUGUCUCAGUUGUCUCAAGUGGCUUCCUCUGCUGGUGUCCUCUCUCCUGUUUCUGCUGUUCAGACAAAAUAGUGUUGGUGAGGGAGUUUGGAUGAUGCCUGGUUGGAGAUUUGAACACACCCUGUUCCGUUAUUAAAUGACAUUGCAAGUGUAGAGGUCGAGAGGAGAGGAGAGGAGAGAGGAGCAGGGGCCUUCUAAAUGAUUGAGACGGACUCAGAAAAGGAGACUGAGUUCCUUCAGCUGGGUUUGAUUUAAGAUGGUAGCCAUUUUGGAUCCAGAAGCUCUGUGUCAUUUUCCCUCUUUGUCAGUGUCAAUCAGAUGUUCUGUGUGAAAGAGGUUGGAGCCUGUGGACCCAGAAUGGCGACCUGUCUGUCUGUCUGUCUGUCUGAGCAGAAUCAUCUACUUGAAGUAAAUUGAAAAUAAAUCCUUCUGCCUUUAUUUUGUCUUACAUGUUUGUCAUGUUUUGUUUUGAUAGUGUCUAUUUUAUAACUUAUUUAUGGAUCUUUAAAACUUUUGUCCAAACUCCAAAGAAACUUGCACUUCACUUUAUUUUCUUUCUGUUUAGUUUUAUCCUGGAUCAUUUCAUGUUUAUUUUGAUUUGGGAGUCUGAUACAAUGUGAGAUGAACACAUUGUCACUCCCGUUACAUUUUAAUGUUUCUUUGUGUUGGGUUUUUGGAAGUUGUGAAGAAGUUUAAACCUAGUAUGAUGGUGAUGAUUGUCAUGAUGGUGAUGAAGAUUCCUGCCUGUCUUUGAUCUGUGUUGCAGUGUGUCUGGAACUGUUUGUUUGAUUAUGUUUUUCUAAAUUGGGUGUUAAGAUUCGGUCAUAGUUUCUUUUUGGUUGUUUUGGAUAUGCUCUUAAAGUAUGGACCUGUACGAUACACUGUAUUAAGAGGAGAGCACCCUUAUUAUGUACAUUUCAAAUCGGUGUCAUGAAAUAAUAAACCAAGACAAAGACUUGUGUACUUACGCACAACACUUAU